AUGAGUGGUGCAGGCAAAGGACACAUGGAAAAGGUUCUGGAAGAACACUUGCAGAAAGGUGGGGAUGUGCAGAAGAGGCUGAAUGAAACCACUGAGCUACGUGAGCAACAGAAAAACAAGUUAAGACUGAUCAUUGCUGAUUUGCAGACCAAACUGAUGGAAGUGCAAUUGGAAAAAGAUGCACUUCAGGAUUCCAGGCAAAAGGAAUCCCAGAGCCAAGAGAAUGUAAAAAUACAGCUACAAAAUACCAUUCAAGGGCUGGAAGCUGCCAACCAGCUGCGGGAGGAGAGGCUGAGGGAGGCUGACAGCCAAACUGAGCAUCUGCAAAAGGUGGUGCACAACCACGAGGGAGCACUGGAACUACGUGGCAUCCUGCUGGACUGCAAAGACAGCACAGGCAAGAACCUCAGUGAGCAUGAGAAGAGGACUGGGCUGCACAUCCACAGCCUGAGCACAGCAUUCGCUGACAUCCUGCAGGAUUUAGACUCAGAGGUGUCAAGCCUUAAAGAAAGGGUUGUCCUGGUGGAAGAAGAGCUUGAGUCAUUGAAAAAAGAUUCAUGGACCCAAAAAGAACUUCUGCUUCAGCAACAUCAAAAUAGGAUUGAGUAGUUAAUGGGUGAGCAGGAACAGGAGGUGGCAGCACUAACUGAUAAAGCUGACAGUGCACACAGCUGUGCAAAUACCCAAAGCCAGUUGGAGAUAAUUCAAGAACAAGCAAGAGACCAAAACUCAGUGUGUGCACAUCAGCUUAGGCACCUGGAAUCUACAGCUUCUCAGCUGCCUUCUGAGUUACAAGAAGCUAAGAGGAUGUAUGAAGACAAGGUCAAAGAUCUUGAGAAGCAGUUGCACCUAGCUUGUUCUGAGAUAGCAGAGGCUGAGACAGAAGAGGAUCAAUACAGCCAGGAAUCUGGAAAUUUGAAUAACCAGUUUCAUCAAUUGAUGACUGAACUUCAAGAAAAAGAGAGAGAGCCAAGUCUAGAAAAAGAGCAGAACAAGCGAUUUUGGGAUGGGCACACAGACAACAGCAUCAUCAUUGCUUCUCUGAGGAGGGAGCUGGACAGCAAAGCUGUGCAGUUGCAGCAAGUGGAAAACACAGUGAAAGCAACCAGGACUCCAUGGCACAGAGCAAGGGAGCACCAGGUGGCUGCAAUUCAGCAAAGAAAUGAGAGCAUUGGAAGAAUCUCCUCCUUGACUGUCCAACUGGAGUCAGCCAAGGAAACACUCCGCAGAGGUAAAGACCUUGCAGCCAAACAGAUGGAUUUGGAGACUGCUGAGAAACCAGUGUCAAACCAGACAGCCUGUCUGCAGGGGAAAGAGAGAACCCUUGAGGUGACCAGAAAGGAAACCAAGAAGCUGCAUUCCCAGCUUGGCAGGAGGGUACAGGAGCUUCAGCACCUACAGACUGAAGAGGACGGUUUGCACAGUGUGCAGUCAGAGUGUGAAACACUGAAGCUGCAGCUGCUGGAGAAGGAAAAGGUUAUUGAGAUCUUCCAGAAGCAAAUAGGUGAGAUGACCCAGGUUGUGGGCCAUCAUAGCCAAACUGCUGGAGCAAUGGAAGCUGAGAAAUCUCAGCUUAUAAAAGAAAUAAACGAGUGGAAACUUAAAGCAGAAGGACUUAAGAUUGCAAAGGAUGAGAAAGAAGCCAGAAUACAUGAAAUGGAAGCCAGGCUGAAUGAGCUGGAACUGGAAAAGUUUAAACUGGUAAACAUCUGCAGCAAGAGGCUCCGUGCACUUCAUGAAAUGAAACUGGAAAAAGCCCAGCUAAUGAAGGAGCUCCAGGCAGGUCGGAGCGAGUUAGCUGGCCUUGCAGAGGGAUUUGAAGAUUUGCAGAGGGAUUACCAGGGUAAAAUCAAGGAGAUGGAAAAUACUGCAAACAGGUUGAAAAUGCAGUUGAAAUGUGCCCAAGGAGAACUGGAACAAACCAGAACUGCUCUAAAGACUAUGGAGGGAUCUGAUGGCCAUGCUCUGAAAGUUGCAGUGGGAAUGCAGAAGAAGAUCACAGCCAAGAGAGGACAGAUAGAUGCAUUACAGAGCAAGAUAAAAUUCUUGGAAGAGGCAAUGACAAAUGCAGCUAAGGUCACAAGAGCUCCUUGUAAAAAGGGAUUUGAAGAUUUGCAGAGGGAUUACCAGGGUAAAAUCAAGGAGAUGGAAAAUACUGCAAACAGGUUGAAAAUGCAGUUGAAAUGUGCCCAAGGAGAACUGGAACAAACCAGAACUGCUCUAAAGACUAUGGAGGGAUCUGAUGGCCAUGCUCUGAAAGUUGCAGUGGGAAUGCAGAAGAAGAUCACAGCCAAGAGAGGACAGAUAGAUGCAUUACAGAGCAAGAUAAAAUUCUUGGAAGAGGCAAUGACAAAUGCAGCUAAGAUGCCUCCCAAGCCAGGCAUGUGGAAGGAGGAACCAUUGCAGGACCUAAAGAGGAUUGUUCAAGAAUUAACAAGCUUAGACAAUGACAUUACCAUUGCAGAUCUUGGCAGAGAUGACAGCAGUGGUGGGAGAAAAUCACCUUUAGCAGCCAUGAGGAGCAGAGUGUAA